UCAGUCUCGUGGUACUCUACUAAGUAGAGUUUUAAAAAAUAUCGAAUUCAAAAGGAAUCGUAAAACGAAAUACUGGUAUACCGUUCGUAGAAUCAUUUUCAUUAGAUUCAACGUUAAUUUUCUGUUAGAUUUGUUUGGUGGGUGUUCUUAUUAAGACAUUUUACGACCCAUCUGUUCGGUGUACAGUGUUGUCCGAAUUUUUUUUUUAUUAAAAAAAAAUUAAUUUCAGUGAUACGCAAAAUGAAGAUUUUCGUCACUAUAUUCGUAGUAGCCAACUUAGCUGUGGCAGUAUUCGCAGUACCAGAUUGUGUUCACGAUCAGCCCGGUUAUGCCUACCCAGCACCACAAGUUCAAUUAUCGGUUGGUCCAAGCAUCAGCUCGUACAGUCAAACGCCAGCCAUAAAGUAUGCUUCGGUUCAACCAUCGUACAAUUCAUAUGAAACAGCACCAGCAUAUGUAACGAAAACUGUUGCACCAGCUGUUACAUACGCUAAGACAGCCGGUGUUGUGUAUUCAGAUCAUUCGCCAGCUUCUAAAUUUGCAGCUGUUGUCGCACCAACCGGUUACGGUUAUGCAACAAGUUCAGGACUAUCUCAUUACACACAAACCGCUGGAAUAUCGAAAUAUGUCUCAACGCCAGCUGUUACGAAGACAUACGUUAGUCCUGCUAUUGCCAAAUUCACAUCAUCACCCGGUUAUUCCUAUGCAUCGACUGGUCCAGCAUACGUUGCUCCGGCAGUAGCAACCGUAUCUAAGGCAUAUCUUCCACCAACAUCGUAUGCAGUGCCAUCAGUCUCGUACGCUCAACAUGCACCAAUUGCUAAGGUUGCAUCGUACGUUCCAGCCGCGAAAGUUGUUGCUGCUCCGGCUUACAGCUAUUCGGCAACUCCAGCUGUCACCAAAUACGUUUCAAGUCCAGCAUACAGCUCACAAUAUACUUAUCCAUCGGUUGCUAAGUUAGCUGUUUCGGCUCCGUCGUACUCUUCAUCUUACUCUGCACCAUCGUACUCUUCAUCAUACUCUGCUCCAUCGUACUCUGCAUCAUACUCUGCACCAUCGUACUCUUCAUCAUACUCUGCACCAUCGUACUCUGCAUCAUACUCUGCUCCAUCGUACUCUGCAUCAUACUCUGCUCCAGUAACAAAACUUGCUUACACUGCACCAUCGUAUGCUUCGUAUGCCGCUCCAGCUAAAGUCGCAUACUCUUCAGCCCAUGAAGUCUCCAGUUCGUAUGUUUCAGCGCCAUCAUAUGCUUCAUAUGCACCAUCUAAAGUAGCUUACACUACUGGACCAGCCGUAUCACACUACGCCGCAAGUCCAGCCGUAUCAUCUUCUUACAUAUCAGCUCCGAAAGUAGCUUACACAGCAUCACCAGCUUACAGCUAUUCCGCAGCUCCAGCAGUUAGUAAAUAUGUAUCUGCACCAGCCGUUGUGCAAUAUUCAUCAGCUCCAGCUGUAUCUUCAUCAUAUGUUUCGGCACCAGCUAAAUUAUCUUAUGCUUCGCCCGUUGUAGCCAAAUACGCACCAACCGUUCAAUCUUAUUCAUCCGGACCAAUUGUUAGUACAUAUGCAGCACCAGCGAAAGUUGCAUAUACUUCCGGACCAGCCGUAUCUUACGCUCCAGCAAUUGCUUCGUACGCAUCUGCACCAGCCAAAAUUGCUUAUUCAUCGGCACCAGCUGUUUCAACAGCAUACGUAUCGGCCCCAGCUAAAAUUCUAUCAACUCCAGCUGUAGCUUCUUACAGCGCUGGACCCGCAAUUGCUUCUUACAGUGCUGGACCAGCUGUUGCCUCUUACAGUUCUGGACCUGCUAUUGCUUCUUACAGUGCUGGACCUGCUAUUGCUUCUUACAGUGCUGGACCAGCUGUUGCCUCUUACAGUUCUGGACCUGCAGUUGCCACAUAUAGCGCUGGACCAGCUUUGGCUUCAUACGGUAGUGCCGGAUACGGAAAGGGAUACUAUUCGAGUCCAGCAGUUGCAUCUUAUUCACACACCGGCUCAGGUUAUUAUGGCUCAGGAUAUUAUGGAUCAUCUCAUGCGUCCACUGGCUACGGCAAUGGAUUCCGAUAUGCUUCGGCUGCACCAGCUUACGCCACAUACUCAGCACCAGUCACCACAUUGGUCAAAGCACAACCCGCUCAUGUUGUGAAAACGGUUGCUGAUCAACACCACGAAUACUACGACGAUCAUCCCCGAUACGCAUUCGAAUAUGGCGUCAACGAUCCACAUACCGGCGACAUUAAACACCAAAAAGAAGAACGUGACGGCGAUGUUGUGAAAGGGCAAUAUUCGCUGGUCGAACCCGAUGGUAAUGUGCGCACGGUGAACUAUUACGCUGAUUGGGAGACAGGAUUCCAUGCUGAGGUGACUAACAGCCGGGAUCAAAUUCACAAAGUUGUAGCCAAAAGAUCUGCGUAAGAAGUUUUUGUUUUUGUUCGUUCGUCUGUUUGGCUAAUUGCUUAAAAACGACAAAUUAAAAAUUCUAAUUUAAAGCAAAUAAUGGACAAUUGAAAGAGUCUACAUUCUCUCUGUCGCUCUCUCUCUCUCUAUCUCUCUUCGAUAUUUUUAUCAUUUUUUUCUCUAGAAUUUUUUAUUUAUUUUAAAAUUUAAUCUCAAACUUAAAUCACUUUUGUCAUUCAUCAAUAUAUUUUACUCUCAUCUUGUCAUCAUCAAUUGAAAGUGCGCCAAAAAUUCAAAUAAUUUUUAAUGUCCUACUGGACGUUUUUCUCAACUUGAACGAUAAAAAAGCUCGCAUGGUGUGAAAAUCCCUUAAUUUUCUUCUUUCCAUCAUGUGCGGCACCACAAUCGUAAAGCACAAUCCAUCAACCCUUUCAUUGUAAAUUAUUUUGUUUUUUUAGUUUCAUUUUAUCACUGCGAACCAAAAUGUUGCAAUAAUUAAUGGAUUAAUGUAAUUUAACAUAAAUUUCGAAAAUGUUUUUUUUUUUGUUUUUAAUCAUCGUCUUCUUCUUUUUCGAAACGUAAGGAACAUAUUAUUUGUUUUGUGAUAAAGUUAGUGUCAUACCUACCCUUCGAUUAUUAUUUUUUUGCGUAAAUAAAUGUAAAUUUAUU